CUGGCACAAAUCCCCGUUCGCUAAUCGCUUCUCAUCAGAUCUUCGGGAUUCAGACGUCAUGCUUUCAUCCGUCAGAGGUAACGGAGCAUAACGUGAAUCCGCAGUCCAGGGAACAAACAUACAGACAUCAGCAGCAGCAGCAGCUAGCUCAGUGAUGAUGAACAUGGAUUUAAGUGCCGUUAUAGAGGAGAUGGAGACGGGCGACCAAGACUCGGCUCUGACGGCUUUACAGAGCUACAACAAGCAGAUGAACCAGUGCUUUACAUUCAACAGGGAUGAGCAGAAGGACAGAGAGCAUCUGGGGGAGUUAGUGCUCGGUUUCCUGAACCGGGAGUUGCAGCCUUCCUGUCUGCUGGCCUGUCUGGAAACGGUUCGAAUCCUGUCCAGAGAUAAAAAUUGCCUGGAUCCAUUCACCAACCAAUUCGCCAUGUCCACUCUAGCCCGCUAUGCCAGCAUUGCUGUGGACAGUGCUACCACACCUGCCCACAGCCAGUCAGUGGAUGGCCAAGAAGAGGAUGUGGGAGGAGACGAGGAAGAGACGGGACUAUGUAGUAAAGUGUUGAAGGAAUCUUCCCCUCCUUCAGAAAAUCCUGACCAGGAAGUGAUUGUUGAGGCGCUCAAGUCCAUUUGCAACAUCCUGCUACACAAUGAGACAGGACAGAUGGUAGCAGCAGAUCUGCAGCUGAUUAAAGGUGUGGCAGAGAGAUUGAAACAGUGUCAUGAUCCUACUUGGAACUAUGAGGUACGUUUCUUUGACUUGCGCCUCACCUUCCUGCUGACUGCCCUAAGAGUGGAUGUCAGGGCACAGCUGGCUCAGGAGCUUCAUGGUGUCAGCCUUCUAGGAAACCACUUGGAAGCCACACUGGGUCUGUGCUGCUCAGGGACCCUGGAGACAGCAAGAGCAGGUUUUGAAGGCAUCCCGACCGAAGAGCUGCCCCCACUGAGCCGGCAGCAGACAGAACUAGCUAUGGAGAUACUGAAAAUACUAUUCAACAUCACGUUUGACAUAAACAGACGCAAAGUUGAUGAGGAAGAGGCAGCUGUGUACAGACAUUUGGGAGCCAUACUGAGGCACUGUCUAAUGAGCCAUGCUGAUGGAGAGGAGCGGACUGAAGAGUUUCACAGCCAUACUGUGAAUUUACUAGGUAACCUCCCUCUGCCUUGUUUGGAUGUAUUACUUUUGCCCAAGGUGCAGCAAGGUUCCAUUGAAUAUAUGGGUGUAAACAUGGAUGCUGUGAACAUGCUGCUAAAAUUCAUGGAGAAAAGACUUGACCGGGGUCAUAAGCUGAAGGAGACUCUUCUUCCAUCACUGAACUUGUUGACUGAGAGUGCCCGUAUCCACAGAGAGACCAGGAAGUUCCUCAGGUCAAAAGUGCUGCCGCCACUACGUGAUGUGAAAAACAGGCCAGAGGUGGGCAACACGCUGAGGAAUAAAAUAGUCCGCCUUAUGACCCACAUUGACACUGACGUCAAGGACUGUGCUGCUGAAUUCCUCUUUGUUCUCUGCAAAGAAAGUGUUUCAAGGUUCAUUAAGUACACUGGAUACGGUAAUGCUGCAGGCCUGCUGGCUGCCAGAGGACUGCUUAGAGGAGGUAAAGACCCUGGAAUCUACUCCGAGGAUGAGGACUCUGAGACAGAAGAGUACAGAGAGGCCAAAGCCCAGUCAGUACCAACAACUAUAAUAAACCCAAUAACAGGAGUUGUAGAAGAGGAGCAGCCCAAUCCCAUGGAAGGAAUGACAGAAGAGCAAAAGGAAUAUGAAGCCAUGAAAUUGGUCAACAUGUUUGACAAACUGUCAAGAAACCGUUUGAUCCAGCCCAUGCAGCUCGGUAUGGAUGGGACAAUGACAGAGAUGACCACAGAGGAUCUCCAUAAACUGGCCAACAAGCCAUUGCUCCAGUCAGAAGACCCUCCUAAUUUAGACAGUGAAGAUGAAAACUGAAGGAGGAAACAAAUUCCAUCCAUGACAAUCCUAAAAAAAUCUGUGUCACUAUUUAAGCGAUUCAUAUAUCAUAAGUAUAAUUUUGUUGCAUUUUACCCAUUUUAAUUGGAGAGGAAAGAAAAUGUUUAUUUGUUUAGUAAAUGUCAAAAACACAGCUUGGCAUAACUGGUACACGAGAAGCCACUUAAAUGAUCAUAAACUUAAAUACAGAAUUCGGAUGAUUUUACAAGGAUUAUUAUUUUAAUAGGAAUAGUUUUUCAUCCAAGAUAUUUAUGUUCAGUAAUAUAUAAAAAUGUAAUUACUAGGUUGUGUUAUGAAGCACUUAACUGACAACAAGUGGAAGACAAAAUUUCUGAAACACUUUAUAUCUGGGAAAGAUGUCAGGGGACAAUGUAGCUAGCCAGCAUCCGAUGGUAGUUUGUAGUAUGGCUUUGGACAUGAUCAACAGGAAGUGAGUGAAGUCAGGGGAGGAAGUGGUGGAAGCUGAAGAAGGAAGAAUGAUGUGCAGUGUUCAAGGUUGAGUUGAUACAGGUGGUAGGAAGUGUUGCUAGAUGACUGGGAAAGCACAGCUGUAGUGGUGAGGGAAACUGGCAGAAGGGUAUUUGGAGAGAUUAAGUUAGAAAAUAUAUGCAGCAAGUUUGGGUGAAUCAGGAUAGUGAUGGAAAUGUAAUGAAGAGAAUGUGUUCAGGAAGGAGAAGCUCAUCAAUGAAGAAUGAGAGAGAAAGGACAGAAGUCAGCUGGUGAAUUAGGAAGUGUAAAGGAUUAGUAAGGAGGAAGGAAAGGGCAGCUAUGAAGAGGAUGAAGCAUAGAAAGGCAAAUGGUCCAGAUAACAUACCUGUGGAGGUUUGGAGAUGUCUGGGAGAGAGGGCAGUGGACUGUUUAAUAUGAUCCUGGAUAGUGGUAGGAUGCCUGAGGGAUGGACAAGUAGCAUACAAGUCCUGAUUUACAAUAACAAGAGUGAUGUGCAGAACUGUAGUAAGUACAGAUUGGUAAAGUUGAUGCCACCAUACCAUGGAAAUAUAGGAAAGAGUUGUUGAAGCUAGGCUGAGAGGAGAUGUGGCAGCAAGGACCAGCUUCAUACUACAGAUGCAAUAUUUUAUUUAUUGAGAGUAUUGAUGGAGAUGCACUGUGUGUUUGUGGAUUUGAAGAAAGCAUAUGAUGGGGUGUGAAGAGGCACACAGGAGAGGUAGGAGUCUCUGUGGACUGUGACAUUAUGACAGAAUGGAGAGCAGAUGGAAGAGAACCUGGAGAGAAGAAUGAAAGUCAGUAGAAGCAAGACAAAGUGUGUGUGUGUGUGUGUAUGUGAGAGAGAGAGAGAGAGAGAGAGAGAGAGAGAGAGAGAGAGAAUGUGAGGGAGACAAGUAAUCCUGCAAGGAGCAGAGGUACUAAAGGUAAAUGAGUUUAAAUAAUUGAGAUAAACACUCCACAGUGUAUGAGAGGUGAAGAAGAGAGUCAAGGCAAGGUGGAGUGAGUGGAAAUGAGUGUCAGGGGUGAUUUGUGAGAGACACGUGGCAGCAGGAGAGCAAGGUUUACAAGAUGGUAGUGAGACCUCCUAUGAUAUAUGACUUGUAGAGGGUGGCACUAAAUAAAAAAAAACAACAACAAAAAAAAACCAGGAAGUGCAGCUGAAGAUCUUGAGUUUUUCAUUGGCAGUGACCAGGAUGGACAAGAUCAGAAAAGAAUACAUCAGAGGGACAGCUCAGGAUGAGCUUUUUGGAAACAAAGGAGGCUGAGAUGGUGUCAGAGAUGUCACCAAGGGGGAGAGUAGAUCUAUUGGACAAAGGAUUGCUGAAUAUGUUGCUGCCAGGCAGGAGGAAAAGACAGACAGGAGAAUCAUGGAUGUAGUGAAGGAGGACAUGCAGAGGGUUGGUGUGACAGAGGAGGAUACUAGGUGAGAUGGAGGCAACGAUGUGGCGACGUGAAAAUAGAGGAGCGGAGAAAAAGAAGAAAUAUGUGGGAAGGAUAUGAAAUGAGGAAUGAUUGCAUUCAAGUUAUAUGUAGGUUUUGAUGUUGUUUUUUUUUAGAGAUCAAUUUUUUUUAGGAUACAAUUUUUAUCUUAGUCGACUCCUAAAUAUCAAAGAAUGAUCUUCCUUCCUCUCAAAGAUCUUCCUUCUUAUUUGCACCAGGACCCAUCUGAACACAUCACAAUCAGUGGACAGUAUGAAAAAAAUGUACAAAUUAGUCCUCAAAGUACAUAAUGAUGGUUGGAAUUUUGACUUCAUGUUUUUCCAGCAUUUUUUAACCCCUAAUAAAUACAAGAUGCAGCCAUAAAUAUAUUUCUGAAUGUUCAUAAGUACAAUAACUAACCACAUGAAACUUUCGGGGUUGAAAAACGUAGAUCUCAGUUAUACAGUCAUUACAAGUUUGUUUCAAUCAAUCAACCAAACGUAAAACCUGCAGAUGUCAGGCAAAGAAAAUAUAACCAUUGUCCAAAUCAGAACUAUUACUGUCAUGAUGAUGCAUGUUCCCUGUAAUAGUUCUGAAUGUUAAGAAUGAAGAUGUCUAUUUAGACAUUAGGCUGAAUUUUUUUUUUCUGACAAAUACUGGGUUCCACAUUGUGACUGUUGUUUUCAGGGCACAGGGUAAUUUUUUUGAGUAGACCUUUCUUUCAGGACAUGCCAUACUAUCUGCAGUCUCAUUCCCAUCCACUGCUGACUUUCCCUGAGCUUGGCUCUGCUAGAACCUCUACAUGUACAAAGGGUCCCUGAUUUGUUGUAAUUGAUUGGUUGAUGUUGUGAGGCCUCCUACAAGUGGAAAGAAUUUGAUAUAAACUCAAAAGUAUCACAUAUUUUCCAGAACCUCCAUCCCAGUUAGUGCUACUCAUGACAAUCAAGAGACCUGUUGCAGAAAAUAAUUAAAUUAAAACUAGUCUCUCUUAUUUGAAGUUGAACAUUGUAGGAGGAUUUUACAGAACGCUCUGGCUCUUUGUGAGGAGACGAUGUGUCAGUUCUUUCUUUAGAGCAGAAGAACAGCCAUGUAUGAAAGUAAAAGAGCAGCUGUUCAAUUUUUGAUGGUGGACUCAGCUAUAUUUUUGAAAAAAUCUGAAUGACUUUUAGAUGCCCUUUCCUUUUGAUAAUGUCCUUCAGAUAUUUUAUUUUUAGACUUGAACUUGAAAUGAACUGCAGGUGAAAUAUUCUAAUGCAGAGUGUAGUCUGAAACACUAAAUGUAUACUCCUUUCUAUUGUUCUUGUAUAGCUGAUAAUUUUAUCGUGGACUGCAAACUACAUUAAAUGUGUUUAAAUGACCAAAAGUUA